UUGCUUCUACUGAUUUUUGGCUGAGAUCAACUAAGAUGCAGACAUCUCUGAACAGAACGAUGCCUCGAGAGGCCGAAGAGCGUAGGCGGGGGAGCUCACACUUCUAUGCUGAUGUUUACGAUCAAGAGGAACAACCUCCUGCUCAACGCUCACCAACGAGAGAGAAUACUUCUCAGAUUCCUCAGAAUCAACAACACAUGGUGCCGAAUGAGCCCGGACCACCAGUGGCCAAUAACACGGCAUCGCGGCGAGGCGUCGUUGCAGACAGGCAGCGACCUCCGUCUUACUCAGGUCCUCAUGAUGAGCUUCUGAACAAGACGAAUGAGGCUGUCCGGAGACGUCAAGAACAGGUGCAGCAGCAGCAGCAGCAGCAGCAGCAGCAACAACAACAGCAACAAGCUAGACGUCGCGGCUACAGACGAACCGAUAAGGAUGACCAGUCUCCCACCCGGCCCUCUCCACCACAGUCCGGUAGGGGUGAAGUAUUGGGACCUUCUCAAUCCAAUCCAGCAGCAUAUAAGCAGUCCCUGCCAAACACCAGAAGUAGAGCCGAUCCUCUUCCUUCCCAGCAUAGUCCAACAAAGUCAUCGGAUGCUGAGCGGAGAUUCUCUCGUGGAAAGGAAGGCAAUCAGGCACUAGGGAAUGCAAUCCCUCGCCUGAACAGUCCAAGUGUCAUGUCAAGCGUCUUGCAGCCCCUGCAUGGCAAGAUUCAAGAGUACAAUAGCCAAAUGAGUGAAGCACAGAACUUGAUGGAUCAACUCGACGCCGAAAUGGCCGCCCUCCAAGAGCGCCGACGAGAAGCCGAGAAACAGUACAUGGGCGCCAAGACCAAGCACGACGAUUACCGCCGCCAGUACCAAGGCGUUGAAAGAGCUAUGAAAGGAGAACCCGAUGUCUCGUUCUCGAGGCUGAGUGUUGAUAGUGAUAGACCAACAACGCAGCAGACUAUUCAGCCACCGCCACAUUCGCCGCGCGAUGAGAUGAGGGCGCGUACGGAGUCGUGGAAUUCGUUGGGUGGGGAGUCAAAGAGGGAGUCCAGGGGAUUCAAGCUUCGGAGUUUAUUUGGUUAAGGGUUGUCGAAAAGUCCGGUUUUCUGUGCACACCAGGUGGAAAAUUGAUGAUCAGAUAAUUGAAGGAACGUGGGGGAUGGUUACGAAAACGAUGAAAUGGUGCUUAUGAUGUAUAUUCUUUUAUGACUGGGUGGACAUAGUCUUUUGGUUCAUAAUUCUGCAUUUGUUGUAUUUACUAUAAAAAUUUCCAGACAUACAAUGGUACAUAUUAUUUCUUCUAUUGAGGUGCCAAGUUCUGUACUCAAAUUCAAGUGUCAAAUCGUCACGUACUUGGGUGGCUUUACGUUUGUUAUAUUCUUGGAGCUUGCCAUGAGAACGAGCAUCUGGGCCUUGUCAAUCGAAGUUCGUCACAAAGAAUGAAAGCUGCCCGGUUAGUCCACGGAUUUAUUGGUGUGGGUAUACGUCCGAUGCCUGAGUCGGGGAUGUUUAGGCUAGCAAUAGAGCGGGCGAUGGAGUCCUCGCUUAGGGCGCGGGCUUACUCUGGGAAAGCUUCUCUCUGUAAGUCUCGUAAGGACUUCAGUAACGAAGUGGUUCGACGCCUCCUUUUUUCCUGUUCUAGUUUCUCUCGACCUGCUUGUAUCUUUGAUUACGGUGGUAUGUCGCUGACUGAUAGAGGUGUUCCUGCUAGAGGGUCUGGGGACUGUGAUAAUCUUGAAGAGGAAGGGGCCAGGCUACGUUAGCUUGUUCGUAGUGUCAAUAUAGAAAUCCACUCAUCGUCCCUUGCUUGUUCUAAGCGUGGUUUCGAUUUCUUCUUUUCGUGGUCUGAUUGUAAGGGUGCUUCUUCAGCGAGGAAUCGUGAUAUUUACUCACGGGCAGUUCUUGUACUGUAGGGAGACGCGGGGUGACGUUGGCAGGCCUCGUUCCGCCGCCUCACAGGGUGUGUCGUUCGUUCUCUACGAGUGCUUUAGUGUUUCGUUUCUUCUCUAGACGAGAGGUCUGGUGUUUCUGAUAUUCUAAGGCUCUAGACGAGGUCUUAGGAAUUACUACUAUAUAAUAGGGCAAGUAAGUUGUGUGUCAAAGGCUUACAUUCCUAGUUCCUAUAACGGCCUCGCCUUAAGGGUGGGC